AUGAAUGACGCCCUGUGCGCCGUGGCAAAAGAGGCCACCAUGGUGGAUUCAUGGGAUCAUGAAACGAGGAUAACUGUGAGGAUAAAACGAGAAGGAGAAGGUCAUCGCAUCCCAACCUCCAUCCUGGGCACCAGUCACAGUGCAUCCCAUGGCUUUGAGACCCAGGUGAGCACCAAGUUGACACUGCCAAAGUUUGACCUCAUCUUCUGCGAAGUCUUUGACGCCGGCCUGCUGGGGGAGUACGCUUUCUCAGAGAUCCAGACGCAUGCGCUGCCCACGAUCUUACAUGCGCGUCGGGAGCUGCUGAAGCCCAAUGGCAUUUUGAUCCCAGCUAGGGCCAAAAUCUUUGGACAGAUCGUGGAGGCACCGGAGCUGCUGGAACGUUUUGCAGUUCUGGAAUCGCCAGCGGGGGUUUGGACCCCAAGGUACAGCAAUCUGGGAAAUUGGAUCGAUCCGCCUCUAGAGUUGCGCGUGCAGAAGACCGGAGUGGCGCAUGCCUUAAUCUAUUGGUGGGAGUUACAACUCGAUGGAGCCGGAAACAGUCGCAUCCACACCUCACAGAGAGGUGGUUGCGAAAGUUGGGAGCAAGCAGUGAAACCUCUCACCCUGCCACUGGAAGACGUGCCCUUGCGGGAGCAUGAGAUCGUCCGGCUGCGCUUGGCGCUGCGGCGCCAGGCAGAUGGCCUUGAAGUCAUCUUGGAGGACUGGGAAGGGUCGCAGAUGACAUGGAGAAGCCUGGGCAGUUCCUUUGACAUUUCGUCCAUUUUCACGGUGGCCAAAGGCGCGCGCUGUCCACCCGAGGAAGCCAAAGUGCAGGGGAAGGACUUGCCAUCCAAAACUGAUGUGGGUGUGGCCCAUAUCUUGGAUCCCAACACGGGACUUGGAAUCAACUGGGCCAUCAUGGCAUGGCACUGGACCAUGGUCUUAGUCUUUUUGAUGUUUUACUUCGCUGUAGCCUACUGGACCACUCCAAUGGGCUCCAAUGUCCCCUGGUUGACGCUGUUUCAGAAGCUCCUGGUUUUCUGGAAUUUCUGGGAAGCCUUGGGGCUGGGCGUCAUCCAUGGGCCCAUGCAAGGCAAAGUGAAUCCACCGUUCCAGGACUGGUGGUAUCGGUUUACAGUUGGGUCUAUGAAGUACACUGCUCCCUUCAUGCCCUGUUUGUCGAUGAAACGGAACUGCCUGGACGUCUUGGUCGAGGGAUUUCUGAUGUAUGCUCUGACGAUCCGCGUCCUUCUGGCGCCAGAAGUGACCCCAGAGCUGAUGCAACCCUUGGUGGCCUGUUUGAUCUACGAAUUUCUAUUCGAUCAUGGCCAGCACAUGCACACCUACGGCACGCAAACAAUGUACUGCUUCAUCUUCAUGUGCUUUCCAGUGGACCAGGGGCAGGUUGUUGCCCUGCAACUCUUCAUGACCUGGUUCUACAUUUGCUCUGGAUGGUGCAAGAUUGGACCUUGGUUCAAGUAUUUGAAUGUGAGUAACUUGUGGUCUGCAAAGUACAUGGUGAGUGUACCAUGGUCAGACUGCUUUCGAAGAACUAUGUACAAAGGAUACAAAGAUGCUGAUUACCGCCUUACAAGAGCCGCCAAAGUCUUCUCAGUGGUGUGUGCAUUGUGUGAAACGCUUGGACCUUUGCUGGUGCUUUCCAACGACCCAAUCCUUGUUCAAUGCGGCAUCGUCGUAAUUUGCUGUAUGCACCUCUACAUCAUCUCGACCCUGGUUGUUGACGUUUUCACGUGGAACUUUGUGGAUGCUUUGAUGUAUUGCUUCAUCUUCGGACUCUAUGGGCCCUCAGUAGGCGCCUAG